UCGCCAGUGAGAGUAACACGCGAGUGCCGAGCAGACCUCGUGAUUCUUAUUUCUCUCAAACUUGUCACGCUAUCAGUGCUGACCUAAAAUCUGUUCUAGUUUUGUAAAUAUCAAACUAAAUUCGUUCGGAAAUAUGUGGUCGACGACAGCCACCGUUUUGGCAGUGUGCCUCGUCGCUGGUCUAGCCAGUGCAGCGAUUGAAGAUUGUGGAUCAACAUUAGGUAGCUUUUCCGAAGUACGGGUGUCAGGAUGUGAAGGAAAAUCAACGUGCGUUCUCCGAAGAGGCAGAAAUGUAACCAUUGAAAUUGAUUUCAAGACUUCGGCUGAAGUUAGAAAAGUGAACACAGUUGUGCAUGGUGAGAUUUUUGAUGUGCCAAUUCCUUUCCCAUUAUCUCAUCCAAAUGCAUGUGAUGGCACAGGCUUAUCUUGUCCGUUAGAGCCAGAACAAACUCAAAAGUACACUGCUAUCUUACCUGUUCUGAAGCAAUAUCCUAAAGUAACAGUUAAAGUAAGAUGGGAAUUGCAAAAUGAAAAUGGCGAAGACAUUGUUUGCGUCUUGAUACCAUCAAAGAUCCAAUAAUAGCACAAUGUUAUAACUAUGAAAAAUCUUUUUAUACAAUCAUAUUUUUGUAAGUUAUAU